AGGCGCGCCCAACAACUGGAACGACAUAACAUCGCUUUAAACAACCUCCAAAAGCACCAAAGACCUACCCAAAUAUCCAAAUCAGCAAGAUGUCUGCCAACGACCAGAACCAGCCCGGCCUCAUCGCAGGUCAUGUUCAAUAUGUCAAGGGCGCCGUCGAGGCGACCAUCGGCAACGUAACGGGCAAUGAGGCGUGGAAGUCUUCCGCUGUGCAAGACAAGUCGCAAGCGGUCGAUUCGAUGAAGGCGGCGUCGGAGAACAGAGACACAAGCAAGGGAUUUGGUGGGGUCGAGGAGAAGGCUGGAAGUCUUGUCGGGUGUGAGGGCAUGCAGAAGGAGGGCGCAGAGAGCAAGAAGCAAUAAGCGUGGAGAAUGGGAUGGAUGAAGUCAGCGAUAGGAUCAGAUGAGCAAGGAUCACGAC